AUGGCGGAGCAGCGGAGCGUACCAUGUUGCCCUUCGUUGAAGAGGAUAGAGAGCCGCGGGGGGCUCGACUCCCACGGCGGCGUGACCUUCUCGGUGGAGGCACCGUGCGAGGAAGAGCCUCGCCGCUUGUUGGAUGCGUGCUUCCUCUGCCGGGGGCCCCUCCGGGGCUCCUCCGACGUCUUCAUGUACCGAGGGGACACUCCCUUCUGCAGCGAGGACUGCCGCCAGGAGCAGAUCGACCUCGACGGCGCCCGGGAGUGGGAGCUCGGCUACUGCCGGAGGACCCACCGCCGCCGCGCGUCCCUGCUGGCUGAACUGCCGAGAACCCCCCAGGGCAAAGCGACCGUCGCCGGCUAAGAGGACUCGGAGGUCGCUCACAUCAACAGAUCCUCUCAAGGAGGUUGAGGGAAGCAAAAGCCUCAGCAGAAGCAAGAAGAGAUCUCCAGAUCUGGAGCGUUAGACGCUGUGGAUCCUGGUGCUGCUACGCCGAAGUUCUCCUCCUCGCUGAAUCUCGAGCAAAUCUUGUCUAUAUGCGAGCUUUUAGUGCAUCGUAGCCCUGAUUCCGAGUGAAACCCUUCACAGGAUCCAGCUCUCUCCUCCUCCCCCUCGCCACUUCUCGGUACGAUCUGUAUGUCCAUAAACACACGGGAAAUUUUUGCAAAAUGAAAUCAGGAGUUUUAGCAUAUAAGAAGUAACAUCUGUUUCUGUCUCGGUUGCUAAAUGGCGCCGCCCUGGAGGAGUAUUUUGCCGCCCUUGAUUGAAUCCUGCUUUUUUAUCGUUCCUGCUGAAGCUGGGGAAGAUCGCUCCACGUGAGAACAACCUAUAACAAUCUGCCACGAUAGAUCGUUCACGAGGAAAAUCCCACCUGGCCCUCAUGAGCAAUUAUAUUCGAGGAUUGUUGACGAUCCACGUGUAACUACUCCGAACCUAGACACGAGCCUUGGGAAAGAGAAAAAGCCCGAAAUUAUGAUAAGAGCAAAGGAAACCCAGGCCCGGGCUCAUCUUUAAAAUAUAUGAGAAAAGCAUAAUGUACAGGUACCAAAUCAUGACAGAAAUCUGUGGAAAGUGGCCUCGAGACUGCGGGUCCGGGCCGGGCCUUACACAUCGGGCCAGGCUGGAUGAGCUUUAUUCGUUGGCGGGGGGCAGGUAUUUGAUGAGGUGUCGCGCCUAAAAUGAUUCGUACAAUCAGUGCACGAGGGGCGGUGGGAUUCGGCGACGUGGCAUUGUUGAGUUUAAAAUUACUGCGCCGCCUGAAACCGCAUUCCCAAAAACAAUCUCUCUAACCUCUCUCUCUCUCUCUCUCUCUCUCUCAGGAGCGAUGGCCGAUACGACCAUUGUUACCUGUUCCUCCAAGGGAGAGCUUAGGGGCGCUCGGGGCCCUGGGCCCGAGGCACCUUGGCGGCGCCGUGGGAGGAAGAGCGGCCUCGCCGUUCGCCGGAUGCGUGCUUACUCUUCCUCCGACGUCUUCAUUUACCAGGGGAAUGAGCCAUUCUGCAGCGAGGGCUGCCGCUGGGAACAGAUGGGCCUCGAUGACGCGCGAGACACGGAAGUCAGGCACCGGGGGAGUAGGCACCACAGGCGCCAUAUCCCCUGGAAUGCGGUUUCUUCCCAGCCUCCACGCCAUAGCCUCCGAAGAGGUUGCAGCCUGCUGAAAAGGAGUGGAGAUCGUCCAGAUCUGUUCCGAUCGUUCGAGGAGACGUCAGGAAAUCAGAAUGCAGAUCUGCAAGACAAUACAAUCCGCUGAAAAUCGAAUCAAGACUAUAUCAGCGGAUCUUGCUGAAUUGCACAGCAGAAGAGGCUAAACCUCUGUUCAUCUUCCGUCGAUGGAGAAAUCAGAUGAGGUUUACGAGCUUGGCCACGGGAACCAGUUUUCUCUUCUCCUUGCUCUUCACCAACAUCAUCAUUAUCACCCAUUUCCUGCCAAGAAUCAGAGGGAAAUUCAUUCGACGAAGACUCGCUCCACCUUGCUGGUACAAGCGACGAUCCGCCGUGAUUAUAUAAUCAAAGAACUAAUCCAUUUCUACCGAAUCAAAUCGCAGAAGGCGCUUUUCUUUCAAAUCGAAUCUCUCCAUCUCGAUCGAUUUUCUGCUUCGAUUUAUAAAUGGGGCGGCGGGCGCACCCUCCCAUGCGAUGACGUGGCAGAGUAUCACGUGGACGCUGCUGGGGCUGGAAUCUCGGAGGAAUCUUAUUAUUUGACACGUGGCAAUGGAACAAACUCCUUUAAGUGCUAUCCACCGCGGAAUUUUCCAAAUUAACCUUUUUCUUUGAGCUUUUUUGAAAAAAGAACCCUUCUCGGCGGUCCCUUGCGACCAAAACCACUUCUGAGGCAAUCCGAAAACCACAGGCGGUUUUGUGCGGCGACCACCACCUCUCGCUAUCUCUCUUUCUCUCCAACACACACACUACUGUGGACCGGCGCCCUUUAUUAAGCCCGUCGACUCAGCUCUGGUACUCCCUCCCCAUAGGUGUUUCCUAGAGCCCAACGAGCAAAGGAAAGGGAAGAUUAGCAGAGAGAGAGAGAGGCCUAAGAGUUGGACGUACCCUCCCAUAGGAUGACAUGGCACUAGCUCACAUAAUUGGAACAGGUGGCGAUGUGAUAGGACGUGUCUUCAGGGAGUGAGAACCACCGUGGAAUUUCUCAGACAUCAGUUAUUAUUUUUCUUUGAGUAGUCAUUUUCGGAAAGGCGGUUUCUCCGCGGGUCCCUCGUGCCCGAAACCACUCCCGAGCCCAAAAACCAGAGGCUGUUUUGGGCGGCGACCACCACCCACCCCCCCCCCCCCCCCUCGCUCUCUCGCUGUACUGUAGACCAGCGUCCCUUUAUAAACCCCUUCGACUCGAUUCUAGUACGCUCCAUAGGUGUUUCCUAGAAACCAGCAAGCGAAGUAAAGGAGAGAAGCAGAGAGAGAGAGGAAGAGAGUAGACCAGAGAUAGCAGAGCGAUGGCAGAUGCGUGCGUGGUCCCUUGUUCAUCUACUUUGAAGAGGAGGGAGAGCCAGGGGGAGCUGAGAACCCUCGGCGGUGUGAUCUUCUCGUUGGAGGUAGCGUAUCAGGAGAAGGAGCGUCGGCACUCGCCGGACGCUUGCUUCCUCUGCGAGAGGCCCCUCAGGGCCUUCGGCGACGUCUUCAUGUACCAGGGGGACAAACCUUUCUGCAGCGAGGACUGCCGCCAGGAGCAGAUCGACCUUGACGACGCGAGGGACAGAGAAGCCCGGUACCGGCAGAGAAGGAACCACCGCCGCGUCGCCACAGGGGAGGCGACACCGCAGUCGGCCGAUCUGCCGAGCAUCCGGCAUACUCUAGCCACCGAGGCUAUCGUUGCUGGCUAGAUUGUUGUGCUGGAGAUCUCCGACAAGUGCUUGGAUCGUUGAGAUCCGCUCAUAAAACCGAGAAGAGAAGAUCAGCAAGUCCGCCCGAGUGGGAGCGGCGAAAUUUCUCCAAAAUCGAGAAGAUGCUCGCAGAUCCGGCCGAAUAGAGCGGCAGAAGCCGAUGGAUCCUGAUGCUUGCUCACAAUUUUUGUGCCAAGGCUAAAAGCGUUCUCGUUUUGCGAGUCCUUGUACAGCGGCGUGUGACUCCUUGUGAAAUGAUUCACCGUGUCCUAAAUUUUGCCCUGAUCGAUCUCCUUCCGCCUUCCUUCUCAUCAUCGGCUUCAGGUCCAAUCACGAUUCUCAUAUCGUUUGCGCAGGGUUCUUCGAAACCCACCCUCUUCAACCCGAUCCGCUUGAGGAAUUCCUCUUCCGGAGUGAUCAAAAAGUUUUUCUGGUUGAUCCGCUGGAGCUCUCGUUCAUUUCCAAUCGAAUUACCCGAUCUCUCUCUCUCUCUACAAACAUCUUCCCACAUUCAGGCGACCUCUCGCGCGUGAGCUUGAGUGCCCAAUUAAUCUUCUAAUAAUAUUAUUCGCCAGGUUGUCCCCUUCCGCAGAGGCAUUUAUCAUGUGGCCCCGCAAACACGUCAUCGACCAACGGGCUGGCGCUUCCACUUGUCAUGAGAUAAUGACUGAAAUCAAUGAAUUAGAUUCUCUCUCCUCUAUCUCUCUCUCUCUCUCUCUCGCUUGUGAGAGCCUUAUUAAAUAAGUUAAUUUUGUAGGUGUUAUUUGAAAAAUACGCGAACCUGUGGGCCGGUGUCCACAGCCAAGUGGGAUGAAUGAUUUGAUUGGCCCUCGUGGCUCCUAGCUCCUCCGUGAUUGAUCAGACGGGCCUGAGUCACUUUCAUCCUCCACCUGCCGGGAGCGCCGCUGUCCGGGAAGCACUUGUGAAACCGGCGGGCCAUGCCCUGUGGGCGGCUUACGUGGAUUCUCGUCGCCUAGCCAAGGGUGCCGACGCCCCUCUCCACCCCCCCCCGGGGCGCUUAGUCAGAACGGGUCGACAGGUGCCAGUUUUGUCGGAAAACUGGAGUCGGCUUAGUAAUUUAUAAAUAUUAAAAAAGAAACUAAAUUAGUUUUAGAAUUAAAAUCGAGACAAAUUAAUGACGGCGACGCUGCAUCUACCUGCAUCUCCCCCUUCCGUUGCCGAGGUGGCAUCGACGUGUCUGUUUUGCCCUCUCUCAGUGGGCCACGUUCCAUCAACACGAAGGACCCCACAGCUUUCCUCCCUCUCUCUCUCUCUCUCUCUAGGCAUUACUGCAGUAGCCCAUAAAACAACCAGUCUCUCUCUCUCUCUCUCUCUUUGUAUAUGUUAAUGGGCUCUAUGAAUGAGGGCGGCCGCAAAAUUUAAAUAUUAGUGAUUUUCUCGCACGUGACGCCAGAGAAUAUUAGGUUUAGUGGAGAGGCUGCUUUGCCCGCACACACGUGUUGGCCAGAGGGAGGAGAGACUCUUUGGGGAUUCAGCUCACUGCACGUGUCAGCACUCAGGCCACUUGCCCGCGCGUGUCGAGGAAAGGAAUUACAGCUGAUUUAUGAUAGACCACUUGCUCUCUCUCUCUCUCUCUCGCCCCAAUUAUUGAGACCGGGCGUCCCCUUUAUCAAGCGCUAGCAGCUCAACAGUGGCGCUCCUCCGAGCGACCACCCGAGCUUCCUGGUGCCCGACGGGCGGAGUCCAGAGAGGAGCGAUGGCAGAUGCGCUCGCCGUUCCCGGCUCCGCUUCUGCGGCGGUGAGAUCCCGCGGCGGCGUGACGUUCUCGGUGGAGGCGCCGUGCCAGGAGGAGCCUCGCCGCUUGCUGGAUGCGUGCUUCCUCUGCGGGAGGUCCCUCGGAGGCUCCUCCGACGUCUUCAUGUACAGAGGGGACACUCCCUUCUGCAGCGAGGACUGCCGGCAGGAGCAGAUCGGCCUCGACGACGCGCGGGACAGGCAGCUCAGGUAUCGCCGGAAGAGCCGCCACCGGCGCAGCGCCGCGGCGGAGCAGCCGUCGCCGUCGGCGGACGCGCAGAGCCUCCACGCCAAAGCCGCCGAGGCAGUCGCCGCCGGCUGA